CAACAAAAUUCAAUAUGCACAAAAUGGCCGAUUCUUCGAGAAAGGAGUGUCGUGAAUUUUACUGAGUGACCAUCGGCUUAUCAUCAUUGAACAUCUGUGAAAGUUUUGGUGUUUUACUGGUUCGUAACUUUGUAUUGUGAUAGUAUAAGGUGGAUUUAGAUUUGUCUACGCCAGGAUUACAUAGCACUAUGGAUUCCAUAAGGGAUACCCAGGAGGUGAUUCGUCAUCGUUUGGCCUAUAUCGCGAGGCCGCCGCCGCGUAGGCCCGAAGGUUGCAUGUUCACCUGGCGUGGCCAAUAUCCGUACGCGCGAUUGUUCCGUGGAAAUCGCGAUUCCGUCGCGUCGCGUUGUCGUGUUUCUAAGUAUGUCGAUUGGGUUGCAGCGGCGGGGUUGGCGUUCGCGUCUCGCCGUGUUACGCCGCUGCACGAGCCCUGGGGCUUUGCCCUUCCGCGUCAAGCCGCGCACGCGUUAGGAGCCCUUGCUCCAGUUAGAAAAGUCGGAGUAACCUAGAAUGUCGUCCCGACGCAACGGAUCGGUGUCCCGCGCUGCGGAAGCCGCUUCUAAGAACAGACUGCAUAUGGACAGGAAUCCACAGCAUGCUAAGAUCACUGAUCCAUCAAAUCCUGCUGGUCGCCGUAAGGAGAUUGACAAUGUCAUGAAGAGAGCCAGGCAGGCCUCACCUGGCAGCUGGGAUAGAAAGCUGUUGCAGGUGGAGGAAAAGGAUCCAAACAGGUGGCGGCACACUGGAUACAAGCAGCUGUAUCUGGAUGGAGGCGGUUCACCCAGAUCUCCAAGACGUUCUAGAUCACCGGUCGGUCGCCGGUCACGUUCACCCGUAACCCGACGGUCAAGGUCACCGGUACGUCGCUCGCCUAUUCGUAGAUCACGGUCGCCGGUACGCCGGUCGCCGCGUAAAUCGCGCUCACGCUCAAUACGGCGAAGCCCUAGGCGAUCACCACGUAGAAGCCCUGUCAGACGCAGCAGCCCAGUGCGAAGUCCCCGUCGGCGGAGCCCCGUCCCAGCCAGGCCUAAGCGGGCUAGGCCUCCACCGCCGCCCAGGAAUAGGCCGCCGAGCCCACCUGAUCCUAGAAAGGUAUUAACUUCCUCUUCGGGGUCAUCAGCAAGCAGUUGUUCAGACGAAUCCUGCUCUGUUUGUUCGGCUAAGAACAAGAAGACCGCUCCACCCAAGCCACCACCAGGUGUUAAGCCUCCCGUUCUCCCGUCACCAUCGAAGCGUCCUUCUGGUUCCAGUGGUGCAGUGGUUCUACCAACUCGUGAACUUCUCAAGGCAAGGGAGGCCAGCAAGCGUACUCGAGAAGAAAAGGUGUUGGAAUGGCAACGCUCCCAGCUGGCAGUGCGUCCUACCCCGCCCAUACCCCCGGCGCAAAUAAAAAGGGAAGGCGAGAGACGCCGAGAGAGGCCGGACAGAGCCGAACGCGGCGUCUCGCCGGCAGCCAUCGCCGCCGCCCUGGCCGACAGCGAUUCUGACUCCGAGAGUGAUGCGAGCGCUUCCCCUCCGCCACAGAGGCUUACACUCUCCGAGCGUUUUGGCAAGAUGGCGCAAUGGUCGGCUGCGAGAUCAGCUCGUGUGGAAAAUAUGAAUAUGAGGAUAACGAGACGCGAAGCAGGCCUCGAUGUCCACAUCGAUCCGGCCCCGAGGGACGCCAGGCCCAGGUCUUUGAGUCCCGGGGAAAGACCUGAUGAUGAUCUACCUGGUUUGGAACCAGCUCCAAUAGGGAGUUACCCAGAAGAGUUGCUCGCUGUGGCUCCUGGUGGUCUACCUUCGUGGGAUGAUGUCAGGGUCAGAUACGACUACUACAAGAGGCGAGGAUAUCUUAGGGGUCUAUCCCUCGGUGAUUAUGUGAAGUGGGAGGAAUGGUGGUACAAGUACCAGGAGUGGUUGAAGCGCGAAAGGGCAUAUGAGCGGUGGGCUGAUGGGGAAGCACUGCCGGUGCGUCGCGACCGGCGUCGUCGCGGAGGCCGGCACCGGCGAAGCUGAGGGCGCGCCGCCCCCGCGGCGGUCCUCUGUGUGGACUUGGCCGCGGGGGCCGCACUCCGCUAAGGGUGCGACCGCUUCCACCGGACCGACCUGCAGAUGCACUUGGCGUGGUGAAAUAUGUGAAAUUGUGUUAGUGUAUAGUGAAGUGUCAAGUGUAUAGUGCAAGGAUAGUGUACAAACGGUUAACGGUGGUAAUAAGACAAUUAUGACUAUGCUGAUAGUCGUAGAGUGAAGUUGAUUUUAGAUAGUAUCAUUAAAUUAAUGAUUAUCAUUAGAAUCAUUGAAUUAAUUGCCAAUUUUUUUUUAUAUUCAUUAAUCAUUUAUUAAGUCUUUGAAAAUCUUUAUUGUCUAAAAUCAACUUCUAGAGAAAGAUUAUUUAUUUGUAUCUACUUAUAAAUCGAACAUUAACUAAUUGAUUCAUUACUAAAACAUUGAUUAUAUUAGGCAAUUUAUGAAUCAUAUUAAGCAGUGAAUUAGUUAAAACAGUGAUUUAGAAAACUAAAACCGAAAUGUUUAUUGGUCUUAGAAUUAGAACAAAUGGUAGAAUUUAUUGAACAAAUAUAUUCGUAAAAUAUAUUUCUGUAAAUUCUAUAAAUGCUUCCAUGGCUUAGUGGUUAACGUAUGUGGCGUUGAUAGGUUUGAUCCCCAGCAAAAAAAUUAUAUGCCAGGUUAAGCACACAAAUAUAAGUACUGAAAAUCAAUUUCUGUUUAGGAAAAUAUAUUCAAAUGAAUUUUGAAAUGAUUUAUGCUAUAUAAAUGAGGUACAAUACUCAAAUAUAUUAUUACAUGAAGAAAAUGGUUUAACUUUAGUCUAAAAACAAGCCCGCUUCCAACAAUGCAUUAUUUAUUGCAAUUUAUCUCCCUCCCCCCUCCCUGUCAUUAAUAGUAAGCAAAUCUCUCAGAUAUAAUAGUAUAUAAACAUAUUAAUUUAUUUAGGAAUCUACCAAUAUGCCAAGUAAAUUCUAUAAUAUAUAUGUUGCAGCUAACUAGCUUAAUUAGCCUUUCAAAUAAUAGUCAAGGCUUAAACUAAAUAGCACCGUUUAACUACCUAUAUAUACAUAUAUAUACCUUUUUUUUAAUGUAUAGUUAAAAUAUUCAAACAGAUUGGUUAUCUCAACUGAACUAGUCAAAAAUCAUUAACUCCAGUUUUCUAUUUAACUUUUGAGUGAAUUUGUUCUCGGUACUCUUAAAAAAAUAUUUUUAAUACUCAUUGAAAUAGUUCUAAUACAAUUUUUGUAUUGCCAUUUCAGUAUUGAGGGUAGAAUCAAAUUUGUUAUAUAUUUAAUUGACCAAAUGCUUGUACUUGGUAGCUUAGUUCAAAAAUAUUUUUGUGUAAAUUUAUAUUUAAAAAAAUUGUAUAGGACCCAAAAAUCUGUCUGUUUUAUAGGUAAUAUAUCUGUGGUCAUAGAUCUUUUUUUCUUUUUAAUUUUAUGACCUGGCAACCUAGACCUUUCAGUCAUAACUUAUUUGGAAAAUGUUCUUGUCAUAGAUCAGACAAUGAUAAGACCACAGAUUAUUAAAUGCUAUUUUUAAGUACAUUUUAUAGUUUUUGAUGACUUGACUAUAUUUGAGACCCUUGGAAAUUGGUAGUGAAGACUACUCAUAGUUAGCAUUAAGCAAUUCUAUGGAUCUUAUAUGUUUGUAUUUUAAAUUGGAAAUAAUUAUUAGUUUUAAGUUUAUAAGUACAUGUUCGAUGUUAGAAUAAUCAUGUAUGUACGUUGUACAAUAAAGUAUUUAUAACU